CUUCCGAACAAGACAGCUUUACCGUCAUACCUGAUCACGAAAAGACCGCAAUCGCGACUUCACCUACGGCAGCGGCCAACUAGCACUCAGUAACUCGACAACAUGACGAUCGCAGAAGAACUUAGGUCGCGUAACUUCAGUAUAUACGGCCAAUGGGCCGGUAUCAUCAGCAUGGUCCUGUGCUUCGGUCUGGGAAUUGGCAACAUCUUCCUCUUCCACUGGGUCAUCCUGUUCGCCGUGAUAUGCCUUGUCUGCUCCUUCGUUAUCCUCUUCGUCGAGGUUCCUCUACUUUUGCGCGUCUGCCCGACAUCGUCCACCUUUGACACGUUCAUCCGCCGAUUCGAGACCAAUUACAUGCGCGCCGCCAUCUACCUCGCCAUGAGUGUCAUUCAAUGGAUUUCGCUUGCCGUCAAGACAACCAGUCUUAUUGUUGCUGCGAUUGUCCUGCUCAUUACGGCCAUCUUCUACGCAUUGGCUGGCGUCAAGGGUCAAGGCUUCGUCGGAAGCAAGACUCUGGGUGGCCACGGUGUCGCUCAGAUGAUUGUUUAGAUUGUCCAAGAGGAAGCACUAUUUGGCGACGACGAAGACGAAGGAUACCCAGGAGCAUACAAACAACAAAGAAACAUGGUCACGCAGCACUGGUGCUGUUGUGCGUUUGAAAGAGCCAUGUCACGCGUGCAGCGAAAGGAGGUCUCAGUACAGAGACAAGUUAUAUUAUAAGGAGACUGCUUUUAAUGAAGAUAUCUUAGCAUCAGGAGUAUGCCUUUUUCAAGUUAUGGUCGCCUCAAACCAUUCAGGACAUGGUCUCAAUGUGGACGUCUAUA